UUUUGCUGUUGAGUGAGAAUAUGGAGUCAUCCAGGAAGAGAGGUCGUUCUGACAUGUGGGCACACUUUAAAUUGAUCGCUCCUGACAAGGUCCAGUGCUCGUUGUGUUUAGGUGAGCUGAAGUAUCAUGGGAAUACUUCAUCCAUGAUUAGACACUUCUCUACCCUGCAUGGAGCCACGGUUAACCAUGGGAACGCAAACCUAGUAGAUCAGAAGCCAGAUGUAGACAAGGCUCUUGUGAAGAUGCUGGUGAAAGACUCACAACCUUCUUCCAUUGUGGAUUCUUUGCCUUUGCGUGACAGUGGGGGGCAACACAGGAAGAAAGGUCGCUCUGAUAUGUGGGAAUACUUUAAAUUGGUCAAGCCUGAUAAGGUCCAGUGUUUGGUGUGUUCAGCUGAGUUGAAAUAUCACGGAAGUACUUCCUCCAUGAUUAGGCAUUACACUGCCAAGCAUGGAGCUGUGGUUAACCAGGGGAAGGCGAAUAAAGGGGACAGGAAGCGAGAGCUAGAUGAGGCUCUGGUGAACAUGCUAGUGAAGGAUUCGCAGCCUUUUUCCAUUGUUGAUGACUGUGGCUUCAAGGAGUUUGUGGCAUUGCUGGAUCCCACAUAUACUCUUCCAUCCAAACAGACUCUAAAGGAUAUGGUGAUACAGAGAUACGAGGGCCAGAUGUCCAAGAUCAAAGCUCACAUAGAAGACGGAGACUCUGACCUUGACUGCUGAUAUAUGGACCGCCGUCAAUAUGUUAUGUGGAUGAUACUACCGAACGUCCCACAAUGCUAUUGGGAGUGGCGUAUUUGCCUUAACACUUACUGGUGGUAGGAUCGCUGCUGACACAAGGUCUCUCAUGAAAGAAUGGGGCAUUAAAGGAAAGGUGACCUUAUUAAUAUGGUCGCCUGUUAGAAGUUUGAAUCAGAGAUGUACACUUAGCUUUGUCCUUUUGUUAGUUUUAGUGGUGAGGAACUCUGUUGAUGCAUCUGAUCUGGGGGGGCCUUUGCACAAGAGCACAAAAGCCAGUCACACUCUUCCAAACCAGCUCAACAGGAAAAAUAAGCUCAAAGAAGUUGAUCAAUUUUGAGGCGAUAAAGUUUAUUUUAGAGGUGGAAACAGGCUGGUACUGAGCCUUGUUUGUAUUUUCAGUGAGGCAGCUUUUGUUGAGCUGAAAACACACAAUAGCUGUCCAAAGUGAAGGUUUCAUGGCUAAAGACUUUCCCAAUGGCAAAGAUGUCGUAUGUGAUACUUGAGGGAACACUUGGGGAAAAAAAUAAAUUACAAUGCAACUGAACUUUAGAAAUUACCGUUUUCUAAAAUGUGUUAAAAGUGUGUUUUUGCUGAGCAGCAGUCAUCAAUGUGAAACAGUACUAGAGACAUACGUUUCUCCCUGAUUUUAUUUUUCUGAAACAUUUAAUAUAAUUGCCAUCCUCCAUGAUGAAUAGAAUAUGUUCAUUUUGGAGAUUAGCAAAAUAACAGAAUUUAUUUCCUGUUAUUUUACUCAGAAAUCUUGCUUUACAGGAUUUCUACUCACUCUCAAAAACUCUGGAGAAGUAUGAAAUUGGCUUCUCUCAUUUUCCACAUUUGGAAAAGUAUGGUAAUUCUUUAUCAAGGAAUUGUAUUAAGUUUUCUGAUUUUUUUUUUCCGUAUUCCAAUUUUGAACUGACAAAGUCUAAUAAUCCUUAACAAAUACUAUUGUUAUCACAUCAGUUAAUUAAUUUCAUAUGCUUUAUCUUAGAUUUUGCUAACUCUCAGAUUAGUUUGAACAUUUUACCCGUCGAUAUCUGAUUUUUGACUUACUGACUGUGUGUAAGAACUUAAAACUUUAAGAAGUAUUAGAUUGAACUGUCCCAUUUGAUCAAAAAUCCAAAACAAGCACUGGAACUGAUAUAUUUGGCAGACAUUUGCUCCCUCAUUGUGGCAUUUAGCAAAUCUGCAUGUUGAGUUUGUUUUCAUGGAAACGGUUUCAUAUGUAUCAGUCUGUAACCUGUUUAUCUUAUCUAUCAUCUGCUGACCUAAUAACCAAACCUUCAGCAAUGGAAGUGAGCUCCACCCAGUUUGAUCUCCAGUAUAAAAACAGGGGGCGCAGCUCAGGAGACCAAAACAAGAGUUCGACUUCUGCAGCGUUUUACCUCCUGCAAAAUACUGGUGGACAAAAAUGACUAUAGCUGGAGAAGCUGAAGUUUGAUCAAGGCUUUGCAGGGAGAAGAUACGUGUAGAAUUGAAGUUAGAUAAAAAACGAGAGUUUUGCCAACUUUGUAUGUAGGACUUUUCUUUUAAUUAAAUAGGUUUCAUAUAUGUAUAUAUAUACUAUUUCUAUUCCAGACGCUUAAAGUUAAAAUGCGUCCGCUAAAUGAGAGCGACUUUGUGGAUGCGCACGACGUCCCGCGGGACGAGAGUCUGGCCCGGGUGGAGAUCGCGCUGCUCGGUGCGAUCUUCGUGACCGCCGCCAUCCUCAACACCGCCCUGCUGCUGGUCCUCUGGCGGCAGCGCAAGCAGAUGUCCAGGAUGCGCGUCUUCGUCUUCCACCUGUGCCUGGCGGACCUGGUGGUCGCCUUUUUCCAGGUGUGCCCACAGCUCAUGUGGGACAUCACGGACCGGUUCGUGGGACCCGACGUGAUGUGCCGCCUGGUGAAGUACCUGCAGGUCCUGGGCAUGUUUUCCUCCACCUAUAUGAUCGUGGUGAUGACGGUGGACAGGUACCAAGCCAUCUGCAACCCGAUGGUGAAGUUUCAGCGGGCGCGCUCAAGACUGAACGUUCCCGUGUGCGUGGCGUGGGGGGUUUCUCUCGUGGGCAGCUUGCCGCAGGUUUUUAUCUUCUCCCAAGUGGAGGUCGCACCUGGUGUGUUUGACUGCUGGGCGGAAUUCAUCCAGCCUUGGGGGCUGCAGACCUACAUCACCUGGACCACUCUGGUCAUUUUCAUCCUGCCGGUUUCCACGGUUGUGGUUUGCCAGGUGCGCAUCUGCAGAGCCAUUCAGACCAACCUGUCCAGAAAGACUCACAGGCAGGGAGUGAGCGUCGGGGCGCCGCUGCCCGCAAGAGCCAGUGGAGUGGCCGGGAUGUCCAAAGCCAGGGAGAAGACGCUGAAGAUGACCGUGGUCAUUGUGUUGGUGUAUAUCGUCUGCUGGGCUCCCUUCUUCACCGUCCAGCUGUGGUCCGCCUGGGACGCAAAUGCGCCUAAAGAGACUGCGAUUUUCACCAUCCUGAUGCUGCUGGCCAGCCUGAACAGCUGUGCCAAUCCCUGCAUCUACCUCCUGUUCUGCGGGGAGUUCCCCAAGAGGCUGGUGAAGCUCCUGCGUCCACCGCCGCUCUCUGCCGCAAUCAUCAGGAGAGCAAAUCAGGGAUGGAUGGCCGUAAAUGAGAUGUGGACAGAGUCUCCUUCAAAUGUUGGUCUGAAAGGUGAUUUUACUUAAAUGGAGCAUUUUCAACUGGAUAAAGACUUUUUUUUAUUUUUUUUUUUAAUGUAACAGGAUAUUUCUAAAGCCUUGAAGAGACCGGACUUUUGAGGUUCUCCUAUUUUUGAUUUCAGCUGCAUAAUGUUUUAUUUUUUUUAUAUACAAAGGUUUGUGGAAGGAAAUAUUACAGACACAACAAACCACAACCACAGAGUGAUUCUCAUUUGUUGGAUCUGUGUUUCAUUCUUCAAUAAUAAGCUGCUGGAAAAGCUAAAGAACAAAAAGUCUUUGUAUAAAUGUACAAAAAGGUUUGAUGUUUUUGUUCUGG